GUCUGUGCUGUGACUGGAGUCUAUGGCCUUCCAAUUCCACUAGCCCAGAGGAAAUCCUUCAAGCCAAAAUAAUCAUCCAGCGCAGCUGGGAAUGGAUGAAUGGUGAUCUGAGCCCCAGAUACUUUUCUUUAGUGCCUUCCCACUCGCCUUCUGGCCCCUCCCUCUUCCGUGCUCUCUGCCUCCGCCUUUCUCCAGUUCCAUCCCAGCUCUGUCCGGCUCGCUCUAUCCUCCCCUUUCCCUGCAACCGCCAAAUCCUGGAGAAGUGGAAUUUCGGCCUUGAAUCUCCCUAAAUGUGACUCCGGGAGCGGAACCGGGCAUGCUCAGUCGGCAGAGCCCGUUUUGGUCGCAAGUAGGAAGCUUUUGCGCUACACCCCGCAGCUGAUCUUGGUGCUUCUCGUUCUGGAGCCCGGCUAGAGAGUAGCCACUGGGGUACCGAAGCAAAAGGCUGCAACCACAUGCCGAGCUGGGUCAGAGCUAUGGAUGAGCUGCUCCUGUUUGAAGGCCAGCGUACUGUGGUUGGACCUGCCUAGCUGUGGGACAAAGAGGCUGAAUGGGAAGUCCAUAGGAAAAAGCUACUGAAAAAGCUCCUUUUGGUCUGUCUGACCUACUUGAGUGAGUGCUAUUAAUUGACAACAUCUUGGAGGGACAAAAGGAACUUUACUGUCUGUACUUUGUACCAAAGACCUGAGAAAACUAAACAUCCUCAGUCUUUCCUAAGUACUUGGAAAACGCUGACAAUUUCGGGUAAUGUGCUGACUGGCCACUAUGGGCAGGCGAUACCCAGGGGCUCACUGUCAUCCAAGCAGUUCAUUUGACUCCAGUGCAGACACCUUGGCAGUGUUUAUGGCCAGCAGCAACACGACAGACGUUGUGAAUAGAAACAACCCCGCCACGCCACCCAACACCCUUAAUCUUCGCUCCUCCCAUAACGAACUGUUGAAUGCUGAAAUAAAACACACCGAAACCAAGAACAGCACACCUCCCAAAUGCCGGAAAAAAUAUGCACUAACUAAUAUUCAGACAGCCAUGGGGCUCUCCGAUCCCGCCGCACAGCCCCUCCUGGGAAAUGGUUCUGCCAACAUCAAGCUCGUGAAGAACGGGGAGAACCAGCUCCGCAAGGCGGCCGAGCAACAGGGACCGCAGGAUCCCAACAAAAAUGUCUCCCCCACCGCGGUCAUCAACAUCACUUCUGAGAAGUUAGAGGGGAAAGAGCCAAAUCCCCAGGAUUCCUCAGGGUGUGAAAUCCUUCCUUCCCGGCCCAGGAGAACCAAGAGCUUCCUCAAUUACUAUGCAGACCUGGAAACCUCAGCCCGGGAACUGGAACAGAACCUGGGGAAGAGCCAUGUGGUGAUGGAAGAGAAGUCUGGGGGCAGCCAGGACCAGGCUUCCACCGUGAUUGGGAACGGGGAUGCGCUGCCACGGAAACCAAAUAAGCAUCAGUCCAGUCCGGAGGACGGUCAGGUGGCCACUGUGUCAUCCAGCCCAGAGACCAAGAAGGACCAUCCAAAAACAGGGGCUAAGACUGAUUGUGCUCUCCACCGGAUCCAGAACCUUGCCCCCAGCGACGAGGAAUCCAGCUGGACCACGUUAUCCCAGGACAGCGCAUCACCCAGCUCCCCAGAUGAAGCAGCAGACAUAUGGAGUGAUCAUUCAUUUCAGACGGAUCCAGAUUUGCCACCUGGAUGGAAAAAAAUUUGUGACAUUGCCGGGAUCUAUUACUGGCAUAUACCAACAGGAACCACCCAGUGGGAACGUCCAGUGUCGAUCCCAGCAGAUCUUCAGGGUUCUAGAAAAGGGUCCUUUAGUUCUGUAACUCCAUCUCCCACCCCAGAGAAUGAGAAACAGCCAUGGAGUGAUUUUGCUGUUCUGAAUGGGGGAAAGAUUAAUAGUGACAUUUGGAAGGAUUUGCAUGCAGCCACAGUUAACCCAGACCCCAGUUUAAAAGAGUUUGAAGGAGCAACCUUACGCUAUGCAUCUUUGAAACUCAGACAUGCCCCACAAGCUGAUGAUGAUGAUUCCUGUAGUAUUAACAGUGACCCAGAAGCCAAGUGUUUUGCUGUCCGCUCUCUGGGAUGGGUAGAGAUGGCAGAAGAGGACCUUGCCCCUGGUAAGAGCAGUGUGGCCGUGAAUAACUGCAUCCGACAGCUUUCAUACUGCAAAAAUGACAUCAGAGACACAGUCGGCAUUUGGGGAGAGGGGAAAGACAUGUAUCUCAUUCUGGAGAACGAUAUGCUCAAUCUGGUUGACCCCAUGGAUCGGACUGUCCUUCAUUCUCAACCUAUUGUGAGCAUCCGUGUGUGGGGCGUGGGCCGAGACAACGGCCGAGAUUUUGCUUAUGUGGCAAGAGAUAAAGACACGAGAAUUUUGAAAUGUCACGUUUUUCGAUGUGACACACCAGCAAAGGCCAUUGCCACAAGUCUCCACGAAAUCUGUUCUAAGAUUAUGGCUGAACGGAAGAAUGCCAAAGCUGUUGCCUGCAGCUCAUUACAGGAAAGAACUAACGGGAAUCUUGAUGUUCCUUUGCAAGUAGAUUUUCCAACACCAAAGACCGAGCUGGUACAGAAGUUCCAUGUGCAGUACUUGGGCAUGUUACCUGUAGACAAACCAGUAGGUAUGGAUACCCUGAAUAGUGCCAUAGAAAGUCUUAUGACCUCGUCGAACAAAGAGGAUUGGCUUCCAGUCACCAUGAAUGUCGCUGAUGCCACCGUGACUGUCAUCAGUGAAAAGAAUGAAGAGGAAGUUCUGGUGGAGUGCCGCGUUCGAUUCUUGUCUUUCAUGGGAGUUGGCAAGGACGUCCAUACUUUUGCCUUCAUCAUGGACACGGGAAAUCAGCGUUUCGAGUGCCAUGUCUUCUGGUGCGAGCCUAACGCAGGCAAUGUAUCAGAAGCCGUACAGGCUGCCUGCAUGUUACGGUAUCAAAAGUGCUUGGUGGCCCGGCCUCCUUCCCAGAAAGUUCGUCCCCCCCCUCCUCCAGCAGACUCAGUGACCAGAAGAGUCACGACCAACGUCAAACGGGGUGUCUUGUCUCUCAUUGACACUUUGAAACAGAAACGUCCUGUGACCGAAACGCCAUAGCUCCCCCGUGCCAGGAUUCUGUCCCACUUACCUGAAGAUCCAGUAGCUACAGAUACUACAGAAACGGGAACAAUUUUGCCUUCCAUUCAGUUGCUGAUGCUUUGUCUUCAGAAAAAUAAAUCCUUAACAAAACAGCGUUAGACAAGCAUGUUCUCUCGUCCUUGCCACCAUCGUGUGAUAUGAAAAGAAGCAUGAAUCCUUUUUUUGCUGUCAGUGAGUGACACCAUGAGAGGUGGAAGGUCUGUUGUUGUACAUAGUCUGAAACGGGACCUCCGUUCACACCCAGAGAAGAAGGUGGCCGCGCUGCUCCCUCUGAACUAAAGGCUGUCCUGGGGACGCGCUCCUUGUUUCACCGUCUUUUGGAGCGAGAUUUGUCAUGAGCAACUUGUAAGACCUUCAGCACUUUGCCCUGUUGCAACACUGGAGUAGAUACUACAUGAUAGUUAGCAUUGAAUCCCUGUAGGAUAGAAUGAUGAGGUUGGUUUUUGUUUUUUGUUGUUGUUGUUGUUCGGUUUAGGGGUUUUUUGUUUGUUUUACGAAAUAACAUCUGUUUGUUGACAAAAUUGUUGGUCUAGAAAGCCCCUGACAGCUUUGUUUGACAUGCUUUUGAACCAUGGACACCCUUUUGUGUCGACUACUGUUUAUCUCUUGUGAUGUCGGAGGGGAGGGGAAACUGAGCUUGAACACCGUCUGAUGGCACCCUUUUGAGCAAUCAGAAAAGUCAGCCUUUCAUUUCAGACAAGUACUUCCAUUGGAUGAUUUUCAAACUAACUCUCGAAAAUGAGAAUAGUCACAGGAAAGUGCAGUGAUGCAUUUUGGGUGGGUCGUAUUCCAAUACUCUGCCUUACGUUGAACAAUGCAACUAGAGACUGUAAGCUAUUCGCGGUGGCUCGCUGGAGUCUUUCUCUGCGUAAACACCGUUAAAGGGAAAUCCACCUCCCUCCACCUUUCAUCCCCAAGAGUCUGAUGUGGAUCUGUUAUGCAAAUGAUCAUGGAAGGAAUGCCCUUCACACAGCUUCAUUCAUGUACAUUUAGAUUUCACCACUCACGUGGUACAAUCUUAUCCGCAUGGGCCACCUUUUACCGGUGUGAUGCUGGGAUUCUGCACCUGGCUCGGUCUAGUCGACUACAGUGUUGCUUAGAAAUUUCUGCUCGAGUUUUGUCUCACAUUUUUUCAUGGGGACAGAUUCCACAUAGCAGUAACAUCCUAUCAAAUUUGUGCAUUGAAGACCAGACUAUAUAGAUUUCUGUGCCAUUAAUAGGUGCUUUUCCUCUUUUUUUUUUUUGGUUUCUAAUUGUUCUUAAAUUUUGAAAUAUUCUUUUUUAUUUCAGAUCAGAACAAAAUAUUCCUAGAUAGAACAGAGUACUUUACCCAAAAUUUUCUGCCUAUUUGUUUCUAUCUAAACAUAUGACCCAACUGAUAGAAAAAUCUAGACUUACUGAUGCUCUUAUUUCAAAAGGCAGCAUUAUUAAGGUGAUGAAAUUGGUCAUAUGUGUUUGGUUUAGAACAUGAAAUUUCAUUUUUUUUUCAUUUCUGAUUACAGCAGUAUCAUCAUCCCCUUACAUACCUAACACCUUUCAAAGCAUUUUUUUCCAUCAUUAUCUCAUGUGAGUUUGACAAAGCUGGUGACAAAUUGGGAAAAAUAAAAACUCUGAAUCCCAGAUAAGUUGUGACUUGCCUGAGGCCAGGACAUGAGAGAGCCUGGAUGCCAACCCAGGCCCUCCUGACCCUUAUCCCAGUGUCCUUUCUACUCUACCAGGAGGACUCCAUAGCAGUCAUAAGAGUCCUUUCAAAAGCCUGAGGACAAAUGCAAAAAAAAAGUAUAAUAAUAAAAACCACCACGAUGGAAAGAUUAGUUUUCAGGCAAUUCUGGAAUUCAUAUUAAACAAACAGGAAAACAAAAGAUGUCCAGGUGAUACUGAGUAUAUUUGUGCAGAAGAAUUUCCUGUAGAGUCAGUUUCCCACCCCACGAAAAUAAGAGUUUCCAUAGAGAAGCAAGAGCUACAUGAAUUUCCCAACUCAUUCACAUAUCUCUUCUGGAAAAAUAUAUUUGGGGAUCCUAAGGAUGUUUCUGUCUAUGUGACUUAUUUCAAUCUAUGUAACUUUGUCAGUAAAUUGAAGUUAGUAGGACUUCAUUCUGCUAUUUAGCACAUUUUGAUUAGUUUUUAAGGCAAUUGGUGGUUGGUCUCCUAAUGUUAGUCAUUAAUGUAAUUUUCUUCCAGAUCCCCUAACUAACUAACAGGGCUCACUGAGUUCCAGAUCACUAGUUGGGUAGUUUACACUUAAUAAUUCUGGCCACUACUGGCGUCCCCCAACUGAAAUGGCCAGUGGUGUGUCAAGAAGGAAAUUCAAAAUUAUGGAAACCCUCUGUCCUUUUAAGAAAUUACCGUUCAGAAUUCCACCCAGGACUCCAUCAUGUUGACAUUCCAACUCAGUGAUUUCCAAGGCAAAAUGACAUUCAGUAUAAACUUUUUUUAAAAAAUCAAAUAAGCCACUUUCAUUUAGAAAAAUUCCAUCAGAACUACAAGUUUAUCUUUAUUUUUCAAGGCUUUUGUUGUGUUGUCAGGAUCAAGAACACUGAGCUUAGCUUUGAGCAACAAACUGAUUUAUAUAUAUAUAUAUAUGCAAUUAUAGGAAGCAUUAAGACAAAUAAUAGACAUUACAUAUGAAACAUAUUUGCAGAUAUUUUGCUUUUAAAAUAGCUUUGCAUAUUUACCUAAAUGCUAAUUAAUUUUAUAAAACUGAUUAUUUUAAACAGUAUGUUCUGACACUUUCUGCCAUGGCCAAAAAGGAUGUAUGAAGUAGAUGCUUGGGUGCUUGGAUGUGUGUGUGUGCGAGUGUGAGAUUGAGCGAGAGAAUACCAAUGUUUUACCCAAUGUUGUAGUGACACUUCAGUUAUCUAUGCAUUCUUUCUAUCUAGUGAUUCUGUAAGCAGGCAGCCAUGUGCACUAUGCCUUGUAUGUCUUGUGUCAUUUUUGAAUUAACCUGUUAAAUACAGCUUAAAAUAUUUUUAUUUUAUUUAUUCUAUUUUUACUGAAAUAUACUGCAUUAUUAUGUUAAUGUAUUAUCUUUACUGGACAUUAUUUCACAAUGUAUCCAGUUCUAAGUAAUCUCCGUGUAUUAUAGGUUACCUAAAAGGUGGUUUUGUAAUGAUUUGUAGUCAUAUUUUUAUUGGAGUAUGUAGAAGAAAUGGCAAAAUGUGUAAAGUUCAUUUCUUUUAUUUUUUAAAAAGCAAUUAGAAAGAUAGAUGCAGACAUACCACCUCAUAAUACGCUCCUUGGGAACAAGGAAAAUGUAGCCAACACCGUCUUUAGCUUAAGCUUUUACUUUGCAGACUGAAACACUAAAUUGUUACUUUUUAGUGUUCUUUAAAAUAUUGCUGUUUCUUUUUAAACUGUAUACAUGCCCCCUCCCCCCCCAUUCAACAGAAGACCAUCUACAACUAAUUAGAAUACUAUUUUAAAAUGCAUGAUGGGUUAUUAAUCCCACUUCCAUUCUAAUGAGUUCUUAGAUGAUAAACUGUGGGCACAGCAACCUCAAGCUUCACAACAAAAAAAUUCUGCUCUGCUUUCAAAAUGGAAAGUUCUAAGACUAUUCUGCACUAAUUUGCUACAAACCCUAAACCUUUCUUCCUUCUCCUGUGUAGUAGCAAACAAAUUGUUUCUUCUGCACUGCAACCUGGAUGAAAGCCUUUUUUGAAGUUUUUUACUUCCAAAGCUGAUGGUAGUUCAGCUUUACUAUUAAAAAUGUUAUUAGUUCUGUAUUCUGCAAGCUUAGUUAUCUUAAUAUGUGGCUCAAACUUGUGCUGUGCAGUCAGCAAAAGGAAGCUGGAGCUUUGGGGAAGGACUCUGGCUCACUGUUUAUCAUGUUAAAGACCUCACUUCUAAUCAAAGCAGCUUACUCCAAAAAGAAACGUUUGUUUUGCUUUAUUUUAUUCCUUUUGCUGUUGAUCACUUUUACACAUUUAAAUGUAAUUUGUUGUGAGAAUAAACUUAGCUGCAUAAAA